AUGGAAAAAUAAGAAGCUUAUAGUGAGUUAGUCAAUUCAAAUAGAAAUCACAUCGAUCCUAAUGACAUGGCUACUGACGAAGACGCUGUUGAAAGGAAAAAGAUUCUCAAUUUGAUUUUUGCAAACGACUAUAAAGGAUUGAAGGAUAUGAAAAUUGUUAGUAAGAACCUAAAUUGGCUUGAAAAGCACUCGAAGACUGACCUUGAUGAUAAAAUUACACCAUUGGCUUAAGCAUCUUUUUUGGGGAGAGGCAGAAUAACUGAACUUCUGCUAGAAAAUCCACUAAUUGACAUUAAUAUGACCACUGAGGAUCAUGAAUACACUCCUCUAAGUGCUAGUUGCAUAGCAGGCAAUUUUGAAAUCGUGAAGAUCUUAUCCGAAAACGGAGCUGACACCAAUCAUAUGAAUUCAAUGGGUUACACUCCUCUUCUAUAUUGUUUUUCUCGAAUGACUGAAACUUCCAAUGUCUAUGAAAACAAAAAUAUCUGUCUAAAAAUUGCUGAGAUACUUCUGCAUUUCGGAGCAGAUAUAAACUAUUACCAUCAUGGAAAGACACUUUUAAUGAGCUUCUGUGGUAUGUCUAUGAUACUAGAACAAGUUUAACUAGAGAUGAACCUAGAGGUAAUCAGAUUUUUAAUAGAAAACGGAGCUGAUAAAACUCUAAAAUCAAAGACAAAUGGAAUGACUGCCUAUGAGCUAAGCAACAACCAUUGUGCUUCUUAACAAGUUAAAGACCUAUUAAAUUCUGCUAAGCAGGUUCACUUUCAUUAGAGAGCAAAGAAUGGCAAAGGCCACCGUGAGGCUGGAACAAUAAUCCUCGAUGACACUAAAGUAAAAGUUGGUUGCUGUUCCAUGUUCUAUUUUUGCAGAGGAAAUUGA